AUGGGUGGAUUUUACAUUGGAUACAAGAAAUUCCUGGUAUGCUUCAAGCCUCGUGGGGAUAUGAAUGAUGAGGUUAUGUACCUAUGUAUCGAGAUGAACAACAUGAAAUCCCGUGCAGCAAGUGGUACGAAUCGGAAGAAAUACAUGUUCUCAGUCCACGCGGGGAUGCUACUAAAACAAGACCCAACAACCUUCCAACCAGCAAAACUCAUACCCGAGCUUGAAAGGGCUGUGACAAAGUUCAAGGCGAAUAAAUAUGACCUCCUUUUUUUCACAAUUGUUCAUGAUAAGCACUGGAUAAUUGUUUGCGCAAACUUGCUAUACAAGCAGUGGAAUGUAUUUGACUCAAUCCAUUCAAAAGGAAAACAAUCUCCUUUGAAGAAGCAAGCAAAUAACCUGAUCACAAACUUUGCAGCCCUCGCGCAAGAGUACAGCCAAUUCAAUGUCGAUGUUGGAUCCUUCGCCCGUGUUGACCUAGAGGAUUACCCAAAGCAAGAUAACCUAUGUGAUUGUGGCUUUUUCGGGCUCAAAUAUGUGGAGAACUUUGAUGGGAAGUCAAUGAAAGAGUUCAAUCAGGAAGACGUGGCGCGAUACCGCAUGGAUGUGGUGCACAACCUUUGCACUCACCCAAUGAACAAUGCCCCAAUGGAGCGGGCAUUCAAGGAAGAGUUGGCGGCUUAA